AUGCCGUCUUUCUCCAAAGUCUUCUUCCUGUUCGCGGCCGUAAGCGUCGUCGCUGCACUUCCUCCAACGGUGGUCAAGCGUCAAGCGGAACUGCCUGCGUCGCCUCCAAUCCCAACACCAUCGCCUCCCGCUGUACCGGGGGUAGCGAAGCGUCAGUUGCUUGGCGACCUUCCGUUAGGGCCUAUCGUCAGUCCCUGGGUGAAUGGUGUGGGCGAGGUCGUUUAUCCCUUUGGAGAGCAGAUCUAG